AUGUUCAUACAGUUAUUUGUAACUUUACUCUUUCUGUUGUUCUUAGUCUUAUUCGUAGCUUUACUCCUUCCAAUGUUCAUACAGUUAUUUGUAACUUUACUCUUUCUGUUGUUCUUAGUCUUAUUAAUGUUCAUAGCUUUACUCCUUCCAAUGUUCAUACUUAUUAAGUUAUUUGUAACUUUUUGUCUUUCUGUUGUUCUUAGUCUUAUUCGUAGCUUUACUCCUUCCAAUGUUCAUACGGUUAUUUGUAACUUUACUCUUUCUGUUGUUCUUAGUCUUAUUCGUAGCUUUACUCCUUCCAAUGUUCAUACGGUUAUUUGUUGUUCUUAUCUUAUUCGUAGCUUUACUCCUUCCAAUGUUCAUACGGUUAUUUGUAACUUUACUCUUUCUGUUGUUCUUAGUCUUAUUCGUAGCUUUACUCCUUCCAAUGUUCAUACGGUUAUUUGUAACUUAACUCUUUCUGUUGUUCUUAGUCUUAUUCGUAGCUUUACUCCUUCCAAUGUUCAUACGGUUAUUUGUAACUUAACUCUUUCUGUUGUUCUUAGUCUUAUUCGUAGCUUUAGACCUUCCAAUGUUCAUACGGUUAUUUGUAACUUUACUCUUUCUGUUGUUCUUAGUCUUAUUCUCUUAUUCGUAGCUUUACUCCUUCCAAUGUUCAUACGGUUAUUUGUAACUUUACUCUUUCUGUUGUUCUUAGGCUUAUUCGUAGCUUUACUCCUUCCAAUGUUCAUUGUUCUUAGUCUUAUUAGUUGUUGUUCAACUUUACUUCUUUCUGUUGUUCUUAGGCUUAUUUCCAAUGUUCAUAUAGCUUUACUCCUUCCAAUGUUCAUACGGCUUAUUCGUAGCUUUACUCCUUCCAAUGUUCAUACGGUUAUUUGUAACUUUACUCUUUCUGUUGUUCUUAGUCUUAUUCGUAGCUUUACUCCUUCCAAUGUUCAUACAGUUAUUUGUAACUUUACUCUUUCUGUUGUUCUUAGUCUUAUUCGUAGCUUUACUCCUUCCAAUGUUCAUACGGUUAUUUCUAACUUUACUCUUUCUGUUGUUCUUAGUCUUAUUCGUAGCUUUACUCCUUCCAAUGUUCAUACGGUUGUUCUUAGUCUUUUGCUUAUUCGUAGCUUUACUCCUUCCAAUGUUCAUACGGUUAUUUGUAACUUUACUCUUUCUGUUGUUCUUAGUCUUAUUCGUAGCUUUACUCCUUCCAAUGUUCAUACGGUUAUUUGUAACUUUACUCUUUCUGUUGUUCUUAGUCUUAUUCUUCUUAUUCGUAGCUUUACUCCUUCCAAUGUUCAUACGGUUACUUGUAACUUUACUCUUUCUGUUGUUCUUAGGCUUAUUCGUAGCUUUACUCCUUCCAAUGUUCAUACGGUUAUUUGCAAUCUUUACUUGUUGUUCUUAGCUUUUACUCUUUCUGUUGUUCUUAGGCUUAUUCAGCUUUACUCCUUCCAAUCAUUUUUUUCUUUUUUUCUUUUCUUUUUUCUUUCUUUUCUUUUUCCUUUUCUUUUUUUUCUUUUCUUUUCAUUUCUUUUUUCUUUCUUUUCUCUUUUCUUUUUUCCUUUUUCUCUUUUCUUUUUUCCUUUUUCUCUUUUCUUUUUUCCUUUUUCUCUUUUCUUUUUUCCUUUUUCUUUUUUGUUUUUUUUACAUUUUCUUUUCAUUUCUAUUUCUUUUUACUUUCUUUUCUUUUUCUUUUUUCCUUCUUUUUUCCUUUUUCUUUUUCUUUACAUUUUCUUUCUUUUCUUUUCAUUUCUUUUUCUUUUUUCCUUUUUUCCUUUUUCUUUUAUGUUUUUCUUUACAUUUUCUUUUUUCUUUUCUUUUUUCUUUUUUCCUUUUUCUUUUUUGUUUUUCUUUCUUUUUCUUUUCUUUUUUCUUUUUUUUUCCUUUUUCUUUUAUGUUUUUCUUUACAUUUUCUUUUUCUUUUCUUUUUUCCUUUUUCUUUUUUCUUUUUCUUUAAAUUUUCUUUCUUUUUCUUUUCUUUUUUCUUUUCUUUUUCUUUUUUUUCUUUUUCUUUUUUUUCUUUUUUUCUUUUUCCUUUUUUUUCCUUUCUUUUCUUUUUAA